ACGCAAAUUAACAUUAAUUGAUGCUCAAAAUAUUGCUUUAGAAAAAAGUGAACAAUGUCUUUCUGAAUAUUAUAUCAAUAAUAAAAGUCCUUUACUUUGGAAAUGUGCUAAGUUUCAUGAAUGGAAGUCUGCUUUAUGUGAUAUAAAAAAAGGUAAAUGGUGUCCACAUUGUGCAAAAUGUUUUAAACUUAAUAUUGGUAUUGCUAAAGAAAUUGUGUUUAAAAAAGCUCCUUUAGAAAGGAUAAGAAAUCAUAAUUCUUGGUGUCCUAAAUGUAUAGUAGAUACUCGAAGAGUUGGUUUAGAUUUAGCUAGAAAUAUAGCUCGAUCUAAAAAUGGCAAAUGUUUAUCAGAUAAGUAUAUUAAUAUUUAUACUCCAUUACAAUGGAGAUGCCAUCAAGGACAUAUUUGGCAUGCAGUAUUAAAUUCAAUAAAAAAUCAAAAUUCAUGGUGUCCUCAAUGUGCAGGACAUUCUAAACUUGAUAUUAAUAUUGCUAAAGAAAUUGCUCUUAAAAAAGAUGAAAAAU